CAGGGGUUUCUUUUAACGUGCCACCCGUACUGUAUUGUUCUAUAUCCAUAACUAUCUAUUAACAAAUCUUACUGCAUUAUUGCAGAAUCUUUGACGACCAACUUAACGAAGAACCACGAACUAUCACGAAACUCACCAUGGGGAAGAAACCAUCUGGUCCUGCCUACGUCCUUGGCGUGGGAAUGACCAAGUUCAUCAAGCCACGCGGCAAGGUCGAUUACCACGAGCUUGGCUUUGAAGCUGGUGUCAAGGCCAUGCUAGAUGCUCACAUCAACUACGACGACGUCGAGCAAGGUGUCGCCUGCUACGUAUACGGUGACAGCACAUGCGGUCAGCGUGUGUUCUAUCAGUUCGGUCUGACCCAGAUCCCCAUCUACAAUGUCAACAACAACUGCUCCACCGGAUCCACUGGCCUCGCCAUGGCCCGCACCAUGGUCUCUCAUGGAGCUGCCGAUUGUGUUCUGGUUGUCGGUUUCGAGAAGAUGAGCCCUGGAAGUCUGCAGUCAGUCUAUAAUGACCGCGCGAAUCCCACCGGCUUGUUUGGUACCAUGAUGGCCGAGACUAGAGGAAUCACCAAUGCUCCUGGUGCUGCACAAAUGUUUGGCAAUGCUGGUCGCGAAUACAUGGAGAAAUACGGCGCCAAGACAGAGGACUUUGCCGAGAUUGCUCGCAUCAACCACGAGCACUCGAAACGCAACCCAUACUCUCAGUUCCAGGAUGAAUACACACUCGAGCAGAUUCUCAAGGCGCCCAAGAUCCACGAACCUCUCACGAAGCUGCAGUGUUGCCCGACCUCGGACGGAGCUGCCGCCGCCGUCAUUGUUUCUCAGGCGUUCCUCGACGCCCGCCCGCAUCUCAAGGACCAGGCCAUCCUCAUCGCGGGUCAGCAGCUCGCUUCGGACAACAGCUCGCUCUACAACCGCAGCUCCAUCGACUUGAUGGGCUUCGGUAUGUCCCGGGGGGCAUGCCGCGCCGCGACCGCAGAGGCGGGCGUCAACGUAAAGGACAUCAAGGUGUGCGAGCUGCACGACUGUUUCUCCGCCAACGAGAUGAUCACCAUCGAUGCCCUAGAGCUUUCCGAACCUGGAAAGGCCCACGAGAUGGUCCGAAAGGGGGACAUCACCUACGGAGGCAAGAUGGUCAUCAACCCGUCAGGCGGUCUCAUCUCCAAGGGUCAUCCGCUGGGUGCCACGGGUCUGGCGCAAUGUGCAGAGCUGGUCUGGCACUUGCGCGGCUGGGCCAACAACCGCCUGGUCCAAGGAACUGAUGCCGCACUCCAGCACAACCUGGGCUUGGGCGGUGCGGUUGUAGUGACAGUGUACAAACGCGCAGAUGGCAAGGUUGCUACACCUGUGCCAUCCGAUGUCGUUGCUAAGAUCUCCGGGCUUGGCUAUAAUCCGGCCGUGGAGGCCAAGGGCUUCACAGCGGAACAGGCCAAGUCCGUGCAGAGCAAGAACCACAGCGAUACGUGGGCACUGGGCGACACGCAGGAGAGGGUUCUGGCACGUUUCUAAGAGGUGUAGCCAGCUUUGAGAAUGAUGCAUG